AAUAUUGGUUUAAUUCUCUGAUGUGGCCUUUUCGUAUCGUCACUGCAAAUGAAACGCAUUAAUUGUGAAAUAUACACAUAAAUACCGCAAUAUUUGUAUUUUCUGAUUCAUUUUGCGUUACGUCUUUGUUAAAAAAAUUGAACAUCACCUCUUCAGUUUAAUCGUGAAAUUCAGUGAUACAGAUUCAGCUACUUAUUCGACUCGAUCUCCACAAUCGCCAUAACAAUAUACAUAAAGUAAUUUAUUUUGUCAAUACGAUCAAAAAUUCAAUUUUUGUUUUUAUAUAAAUUAGUUUAGGAAACUAUACAGUCCGAUAAAAUGAGUUUGGUUUGGACAAUAAUCGCUACAUUUUUGUACGUUGAAAUAGCCGUUGUGCUUCUGUUGGUAUUGCCAAUAGCAUCGCCUCAACGAUGGAAUCGAUUCUUCAAAUCACAGUUUCUGGCAAUGAUAAGUCGACAGGCGAACAUAUAUUUCGUCUUAUUGUUUGGCAUUUUGGUGCUGUUCCUGUUGGAAGCCAUCCGUGAGAUGCGCAAAUAUUCACAUCACGAAAACACCACUAGCGAGCACUUGAAUGUUGAAUUACAGCAUAGCAUGCGGUUGUUCCGUGCUCAACGUAACUUUUAUAUUUCGGGCUUUUCAAUUUUUUUGACAUUGGUCAUUCGUCGUUUGGUCAUUUUGAUUUCGUCACAAGCCCAAUUGUUGGCACAAUCGGAGGCAUCGAUGCGACAAGCACAAAGUGCAACAUCAGCCGCUCGUAGCUUAUUGUCACAACAAAAAACCGACGAUAAAUCGACUGACACCAAGAAAGGUGAUUCAAAACCUGAUGAAUUGUUUUGGUUAAAGAUUGGCGAAUUGAAGCAGAAAAUCGCAGACUUGAACAAAGAAUUAGAACAUGAACGAAAAGACAAAGAAGCAUUGAAAUCACAAGCAACUGGUUUGGAAAAGGAAUACGAUCGUCUCACUGAAGAAUACAGCAAACUUGAACGCCGAGUGACCGUGUCGGGUGGCGGCAAAGAUGAUUAAAUAAAAUCGAUCAUUUUUUUUUUUCGUUUUAAAAUUCCUCUCAGUAAACAUAAAUAAUAUUAACUUCCUUUGCUUUUAAAAGCGCUGAUUAUAAACAAUGAUUAGGAAAAAAUUAA